GAAGGGGAAGAAGACAGUCUGGCGGUGUUGUAUGGACCCACAACGGGCGGAGUGAGAAUGGUUCUGCUGAGUUCCAUCGCGGCUUGUGUGGUACUCUGUGUUGUGGGGAGCAUCAUGCACGCCGUUCUGCUCAUUAUAAGGAGGUUUCUUCCACAACAAAGUACACUCAAGCAGUACAAGAAAGACUUAGAAAAAGUCAAGCAAGAGGACAUUGAUUACUGGGAGAACCCUCAAAUGUUCCUGAUUGACGGGCCCCACGGUCCCUUCUACAAGCUCCACGACUUCAGAGCCACUUGUCCGAUGGACAGCGAGAACAUCAAGUCUCUCAAGAUUGCUGGCACUCUUAGAUACGAGGAUAAGGAGCUG